ACAACAAAUGGCAUUUCUCAGCUUAUUUUUUUAAAACUGGUAAAUCAUGUGAAACUUGAAAACCAAAUACUUCUCUGGCUUGUUCCAGGAAGUUAAAAUCUGAAAACAAUCUCAGGAAGAUAAAAUGAACACCUGUAUUUUGAACCCCGGGGAUUGUUUUGUAGAGAGAAUGCUCUUUCUUGUGUGGCUAUGGUCAUGUUUGACAGUCAGCAACGCAGGUUCUCACUCACUGAUGGUAUUUGCAACAUACACAAUUGGGCAAACACCAUUUCCUGAGUUCAGUGUUGUGCUGAUGUUGGAUGAUCUGCAAAUAGGAUAUUAUGACUCAAACACAUGGAGUGUUCUUAAUCGCAGUCAGAGUUUUUCAAAGUACCAAGAUGAAGAGAAAAGUAAUGCUGGUCUUAUAUUUCAUGCUAUGUACAACAGCAUGAAAGGACGAGCAUUUUAUCUUAAGGAUCACCUAAAUCACACAGAUGGUGUACAUGUUCAUCAGAGACUUGCUGGAUGUGCAUUGCUGAACGAUGAUAAACCAGGUGUAGUCCUGUCAAUGGAUGCUUAUGAUGGACAAAAUAUGGAGGAGUUCAGCUUUGACAUGGAAAAAAAUGAUAUCCAGAUGAAAAAGCCAUGGAUGAUAACAUGGAACGAAAUACAAUGGCUUAGUGUGAAACUUCUGUAUGGAAAGAUUUGUCAUCCUGUUUGUAUUAAAACUUUGAGGAGGUACUUGGGCAUGAAAAAGAACAAUGUGAUGAGAAAAGUGAAACCCAGAGUCAGACUCAUGAGGAAAACACUCACAGACUCUCAAGGGCUUCGGAUCAGCUGUCUGGCCACUGGUUUUUACCCCCGUCACAUUAACCUGACUCUGUUCAGAGAUGAUCAGCCUGUGGAUGAUGAUCAGAUCACAGGAGGAGAGAUUCUUCCCAACGGAGAUGGAACUUACCAGAUGAGGAAGAGUUUGGUGAUCAGUGCAGAAGAACUACGUGAACAUAAUUACAACUGUACAAUGAAGCACCUCAAUCUGGACAACAAACUGGACAUUAUAUUUGAUACAGAUAAAUAUGACCCAGGAUCCUUCAGUCUGUCUGUAGUUAUCAGUGUGCUGGUGUUACUGUGUGUGGCUGUUCUCAUCAUACCUGCUCUCAUUAAAUGGAGGAGGAAGAGACGUGCUGCUGGACAAGGCUCUGAGACUUCACAGAGUAAAUACUCCCCUACUCCAUCUUCAACACAUGAUGAAAACUGACUGUGCAUCAAAUCAAGGACAAUACAUGCAAAACUUAGCAUUUGCUGAGUGGAUGUCAUUUGGAAAUGAUGAUUUGUAAAUUAUGAAAAUGACCAUCAAAUGAUGAAAUGAGGAAUAUAACACAGGUAACAGAUGUAUGUAUGAAUGAAUGAGGCAUUUAUAUAGCUUUUUCAUAUGUACUAUACACCCAAAGUGCUUUACAAUCAUUGGUUAAAUGCUUUGGUUGAAUGUAUAACAGUUUGCAACAUAAAAAAUGAUGUGACAUUAAAACAAAAUAUUGUUAAAGAACUAUAUCACUUUAUUAGAGUUGAUUUUUCUUGCUGGUCAAAAGGAGAUUUGUGUUUUAUAUAUUUUUUUUCCAACCUGUUCUGACUUGCAAGGCAUCCAGGAAGAAAAAUUUGCAAUGUGACCAAUUACAUUCAAUGAGAAACCUUUCCCAUAAAUAGACUAUGGUGGCCGAGAGAGCUCAACACGCUGCAAAUGAAGAAAACACAUGCAAAUAGAAAAAACUGCCAGCAAAUAUAGAAAACAUCUUCAUCAUCAGUUUGACAACACAUACACUGCAAAAGUUGCACAACACAUGCAAAUACAGAAACACGCUGCAAAUAGCACAUACCAGGCCCGGCGAUCUCAAGCUCCCCUCUGCGAUGAUUUGAAUGAUGAUGAUGAUGAUUAGGCAACUUUUAGAAUUAAAUUAGAAUUAAAUAUUUUAAUUUGCCCCACAAUAAUUGAUGCGCUGUAAUAAGAUUAGCUAACUCCUCAUUUAAAAAAUAAAAAAAAAACUAUGUAUAGGCCGCAAGAGAAAUAUUAAGGAACAAAUUAAGGUUAAAUAGUGUUAUCAGAACAUGAACAAGUACAAGAACAAGUAGAGCUCUCAUCACUGAGUUUUUAGUUACACUUUCUGCAGUGAAUAAAUGACUGGGAUGUGAGACAAAAUCAUAUAAAUUAUUAAAAAAUAUAUUAAUUUAUUAAUAAAAAUUUUUUUACGCAAAAUAAUACCCCCCAAAUAAUUUGGAGCCGGGACUGGCACAGACCACAACGAAAAUGUUAUAGCCUAAGGGAACACCAACAAGUGACGAACCUGGGUGGGACCGCUUAUUGUUCAAUGUUUACUCUUCAGAGGUGUGCACCUGAAAGGUGAGUUUUGUUUAUCUUAACAUCCUGAUCGUAUGUGCAUUGUGAGCAGGCCUAUUUGCAGUGCGUUUCUGUAUUUGGUUAUGUCGUGAACUUUUGUAGCGUGUUUCUGUAUUUGCAUGUGUUGUGAACUUUUGCAGUGCGUUUUUGUUUUUGCAUGUGUUGUCAAAUUGAUGAAGACGUUUUCUUUAUUUGCUGGUGUUUUUUUCUAUUUGCAUGUUUUCUUCAUUUGUUGAUCUCUCUCGGCCACCGUAAAUUAAGCCUAAAACUGAAAUUCCCACACAUACUGUACAUUCAAAAAUUGCUGCUUGAACAAGCGUUAUGUCAGAUGUGUGACAUGCCAAAGUUCAGUUUUAUCUUUUGAAUGGCUGAAUUCAGAAUAGCAUACUAGCAUUCUAUGCUUAGUGUAAGGCAUUGCAGAAAUAAUAAUAGUAAUAAUAAUAGAAAUAAUAAAUCUUUCAUGCCCUUUCUAGCACAUAUUGUAAAGCUUCAGAAGAUACUUUUGUAGUACUUUUUUGUCAUUCUUUUUUGAAUAAAUUAUUGAGUGUACUUUU